AUGCGUUUCACCACCAUGAAUCAAUCAUUGAUAUCUAUGCCGUGGGUAUGCGCCUCGUGCGCGAGACGAUUGACGUCCUCUGCAGCUGGCCUGCAUUCUACAUCCUCCCCGAUCACUUCCCUCUGGCGCAAUAAGGCCAUUGGGAAUCUCGGACGCCCUUCUAGACGCAUGCUGCAUAACUCAACCUCGAGGCUCGAAUCCUCCGCUCCACGGCAGGCUGUUCCGCUCGGAGAUUUCUACACAGACCUUCUUUCCACGCCACUUCCCAAGCAAGACCAUACCGUCAGUACCCUACCUGUAUUUGUUCAGUCUGGAGAUGAGACAAAGGAGGAACGAGCUAGGAAGCUCUUUGGGACUAUGGAAAGAUAUCGUAGUCAGAUAUCGGAAGAACCAGAUGCAACAUGGCGAACAAUCAACGGCGUCCCUGUCCCACCUCGUCCGGGUGAACCAGACAAUUGCUGCAUGAGUGGCUGCGUACAUUGUGUUUGGGAUGACUACAGAGAUGAGGUGGAGUCAUGGGCCGAGAUACUCAAAGCAGCAAAAGCUAAAGCUCCCAAGCGGACUACCGAUGACGCGAUCAAAGCAAAUAUGCCUCGCGCUGAAGUCAGCGAAGCAAGUGCGAGUAUGGACGACGACGGAGGGGGAAGUGAAGGUCUAUGGACAGAGCCCUCAACAGAUCCGGACAGUCUGUUUCAAGAAAUCCCAGUGGGGAUCCGAGCAUUUAUGGCGACGGAGAAGAAGCUUAAAGAGAAGAAGAGGGCGAAGAAAGAACUGUGA